AUGCCAACCAUAGAGUCCAGAGUCAAAAACAUAGUUGUGGAGCAACUGGGAGUGAAGCCAGAGGAGGUGGUAAAUUCUGCCAGUUUCGUGGACGAUCUUGGAGCCGAUUCGCUUGAUAUGGUGGAGAUAAUCAUGGCUCUCGAGGAGGAGUUUGAUACAGAAAUCCCGGAUGAAGAAGCUGAGAAAAUUACCACUGUCCAGUCUGCUAUUGACUUUAUCAACGGUAGUCAACAGUAG